AAAGUGGUGGAACGUAUCGGACGCACGGCCGAAUCGCGAGUCUAAAAAACACACACACGUUUAUCUCAAUCGAAGAACAAGAUGAGUCGCGUAUAAAAACCGAUCAUCCCGAAUCGCCAGAUUCAGUACCCCCUGAAUUUUCGACGUACGUCGAUCGAUAAAGACGCGAACAUAAAAAAAACGAGUAGCGCGAGUGGACAAGUGAAAAAUUUCGCGGUGUGCAGAGCGACCAGAUAGAGGACACAACAACAGUUUGAGAGUUUAUAUUACUUUUUUCCUUAUUGUUAGUUUUAAAGAAGAAUGUCUCCACUAAUUAUAGUGGGGAUAACACUCCUCGUCACAGUCUUUGGUGACGUUAGUCACGUUCUUCAAGGUCAAGCACACCCGCCCGCCGACUCGCGAGAAGUCCACAGUGCUUUCCAAACUGGAAAUGGUCAAGACUUUUGGUGGAUGCAAGAUGACAGUCCAUUCAAAAACGCCUACAAGCAUUUUAAGAAAUGCGCUGACACUGGUAAAUGCGUCACAAGUAAAACUGAAUACAAACUAACAGGAGAUGGUGAAGAUGGAUUCGCUCCAAUCGAUCUUCAGAAGAAUGUUUUUUUGAAUGGAGGAUCAUCUGGACCAUCCGGACCGUCUGGACCAUCAUCGUACGCAUCUACUUCCAGUUUCAGCAGUUCCGGGGGUACUGACUUUCAGGGUUUCCACAGCGGAGUCAAAAUCGAUCUGAACGAGAACCCGUUCUUGACAGGAAGUUUUGCCCAUGCUGUACCAACUGCUUCGAAUAGUACCACAACUAUCAAUACUACAUCUUCUGGAAAACCUCACAUUGAUUUAAGUCACAAUCCCUUCUUAAAUGGUCAAGUUGUUACUCCUGCAGCUGAUGGAGAAGGUUUCAGUUUUAAUCUCAAUGGGGAAGCUAUUCAUUAUGAUUCUUCAGCAUCUGCUUCUUCUGGUGACAUAUUUACAGUGUCAAAGACAUCUUCUCCUGCUAGCAGUAAGAUAGAUAUAGAUAAAAAUCCAUUUCUUAAUGGUCUUACUACCUUCCACUUUGAAAAUUCCUCUUCAGUGAAUGUCAGUCAAAUUGACGGCAAUGGCAUUGAUUUGAGUAAAAAUCCAUUUUUGAAUGGAAAUAUUGGUCCUCCUUCAUCUGUAGCAGUAAGCACAGAUCAUGAUACUAGUAGCGUUAAUAUUGAUUUAAACAAUAAUCCAUUCUUCCAUAAUGGUUCUACCUUUUAUUUCCAAAAUUCUUCAUAUUUGAACAAACAUGUCGGUUCUUCAUCUAGUUCAUCUGGUAGUAAUCACGGAGCAGUAAAUACGUCAAUACAUGAUAUUAGCAGUGUUAAAAUUGACUUGAAUAAAAACCCAUUUUUCAAAAAUGGUUCUACGUUCUAUUUCCAAAAUUCUUCAAACUCGAACAGCAACUCGGGUUCUUCUUCAUUUAAUUCCUUUGGACAAACUCUUGAAGGUGCAAACUCCAUAUCCGGUAGUGCUCACACUAAUAUCAAUAUAAACAAAAAUCCAUUUGUUCAAAACGGUUCUUCGUUUUAUUUUGAAAAUUCCUCUAAUUCAAAUGGACAUGCCGAAGCCAAUUCUUCGAUUCUUUCAACUGGAAAUACUUCCGGAGUUAAACAUAUUCAAGCUGGUAUUAACAAAAUCGAUAUUAGCAACAAUCCAUUUUUAAAAGGACACAUUUCAAACAAUGGGCAAAAUGGCGGAGCAGGAGGAGCAGCAGUGGCCGCUUCCGGUUCGGGAUGCGUGGGAUUCGACCGCGCCUGCGUGCCAAAGGCCAACUGCGUCAACGGAGUGGUCGAGAGUGACAAAGGUCCCUUCGAAAUUAGAACCAAGAGCGUUGUCUGUGCCGACAAUGAAGUUUGUUGUCAACUCCGGUCAACCUCAGCUUCAGGAUCUGAUGGAUCAUAUUACAAUACCAACGUUCUAUCUUCUGGAAAAUCCAGUGUUGGAUCCCAAACGAAAAUUACCGAUUUCAAUGGAUUAUCUCCAGAUCAAGUCCAUGUAAAUUCGGCUUCACAAGCAGGUCUAAGACCACAACUGAACUUCAUUGGAGCUUCUGGAGCUUCCACAAUCAAACCUAGAGAUCUCACAGCAGCCGCAAGCGACUUUGGAUAUUUUUCCAGCAGCACACCUGAUUACUCCAAUGUCAAUUUUGGAGAUGAUGCCAGGUUUUCAAAUUUACAGGGUUUAGAUUAUUUGCCUCCGAAAGUUGAAACUCCUUCAACCACUACUUACCGUCCAACACCUCCACCACGUCCAUCUUGUCCACCAGGACAAUUUUUGACUGCUUCUGGUAUAUGUGAAGCUGUUCACAGGGAAUGUCCACCUGGCACUCGUGCUACACCUUCAGGAGGUUGUGAGAAAUUGAAGGUUGAAUGUGGUCCAGGUCAGCGUCAUGGGCCUUACGGACAGUGUAUUUCCAUUCAAACUCCACCACCACCAACACAACCACCAACACCAAGAGUGUGCCCACCAGGGCAGCAACCUGGACCUUAUGGACAAUGUAUAGUAAUUCAUACUCCACCACCACCGCCACCACCAACUCCAAAAGUGUGUCCAUCAGGGCAACAACCUGGACCUUACGGACAAUGUAUAGCAAUUCAUACUCCACCUCCUACACCACCACCUGUAAGAGAGUGCCCUCAAGGUUACAGAUUAGGACCAAACGGUCAAUGUGUUCCAAUUCCCACUCAACCACCAGUUAAAACUUGCCCACCAGGCCAGAAACUUGUUGGUGGAGCAUGUAUAAUUAUUGAUUGCGCCCCAGGGUAUAGAUUAACUCCACAAGGUGAAUGUGUUGUUGUACCUACCCAACCUCCUCCAACUCGGGUCACUUGUGGUCCUGGCCAAACCCUAGGACCCUACGGACAGUGCAUCAGUUCUACAGCAUAUCUACCUCCGCCUUCCUGCAGACCAGGACAGAAAGUCGGUUUUAAUGGACAAUGUAUUGAUGUUGUUACUAGUCCCCCGGUAACAACUCCUUAUCCACCUUCAAUCCCAACAUGUGGACCUGGAGAAAGAUUGGGUCCCAACGGACUGUGCGUCAGCAUCACAACGCCGCGCCCGGCCUGUCCACCAGGGUCCUUCCCAACUGCGUACGGGGGUUGCGAACGCCCCCCACCGCCGAGCACGACACCCGCCAGCUACUCCUGUCCUCCCGGAACCGUAAAAACUCCCUCUGGAAGAUGCGAAUCUCCUCCAACUCCUCCACGACCAGUCACCUGUCCUUCUGGUAGCUUCUUGGGUCCUUCUGGCAAUUGUGUUAGACCUACAACCACAAGAACUUAUCUCCCACCGGAAACCGAACAAACUACUCGUGGCUACGAAUAUCCCAAACCUACGCCGCCAUUCCCAGGUGGACAUAAUGAGGAACCGGAAUAUCUAUCGACAGCCAAACCGACAGUUCCACCACGUCGUCCAGGCAGACCAAGAUACCCACCAACAGACAAGGAAGGAUCACCAGGAAGUAACGUACCCGUCCAUGUCCGUCCACCAGGCAGCCAGGACGAAACGAACCUCGACCUGAUUCCUGUAGGAUGCGCAGCUGCGCUAAAAUGCGUCCAAGAGAUUUACUGCACAGCCGAGGGACUCGUUAGCCCGGUACCGGUGGUUCUGACUAAGGAACAAGAACUGUUGAGAGCUCCUACAACGACUUGCCGCAUCCUGGAAUCUGGAUCAGUCGGAAAAUGCUGUAGAGAUCCAAAUUACCAAGACCCAUGGCCUUCAGCAAACUUAGUCAACGGAGUUGACGAUGGACAGUACGCGGAAGACGAUUCUAUUGGUCAAUACAAAGCUGAAUAUCAAAGAUUCUCAAGAUCGUCCAACAGAACCAGGAAGACCAGCAGGUCAAAGAGACAAGUGGCUGCAAAUUGUGGAGUUAGAAAUUUGAAUAGUAACCCUCCAGGCCCAGGACCAAUCGAUGCCGAUUUCGCAGAAAUUCCAUGGCAAGCUAUGAUCUUAAGAGACUCCAAUCGUAGUCUACUCUGUGGUGGUGUGAUUAUUAGACCUAAUGCUGUCCUCACAUCUGCCGCAUGUGUUGAAGGAUUGGACACUUCCGAUAUCCUCAUCAAAGGUGGCGAAUGGAAAUUGGGAAUAGACGAGGAACCGCUGCCCUUCCAGAUUGUCAAAGUGGCAGCUAUAUCGCGUCAUCCUGACUUCUCCGCUGGUUCCUUACUCAAUAACUUGGCUCUGCUCGUUUUAGAAGAAAAUCUACGUUUUGUCAAGAACGUGGGACCGUUGUGUCUUCCUGUUCCCAACCAGAUACCGACACAGAACUGUAUAGCUACAGGAUGGGGCAAAAGAAUACUACAACUGCACGCCAAAGGAGCUAUAAUGCACAAAGUUGAUAUCGACAUCAUGAACGUCCAGCAAUGUCAACAAGUAUUGGCAGAACAUUUCCAGAAGCAUGUUCCCAAUUACAAUACCAACACAUUGUGCGGAUUCUCCAAAAUCGACCAAUGCAGAAUUGAUUAUGGAAGUGCACUGGCUUGUGCUGAUGAGACCGGGCGUUACACACUCAGUGGCGUAUUCUCGUGGGACACUGGAUGCAAACAGAGAGGUCAGAUCGGUGCCUACGUGGCACCCGACGUAGACUGGAUCGAGAACGUCUUAUCCACGCCACUGAAACAACUGAAAAGACUAGACAGGGAUUACAAUGCUGCCAGAGGACAAGUAGCGUAGACAGUAGACACUGCCGAAAAAGUUUAUAAAAUAAAAACAUUACUAAAAAUGCCAGUAUAUUUAUUAUAGAGCGAAAUCAUUUUUAAUAUUUUUUUAUUGUUAAAAAUAUGUGAGGGAACAACUUAUUCAAUACUAGCUGAUUCUCUCUCUGCAUAAGGGCAGCGGCCCAGCUAUAUCGAAACACGGGUUCCCGAUAGAUCACCGAAGUUAAGCGACGUUAGACGAUACGAGUGGAUGGACGGGUGACCGUCUUGAAAAUUUGUCGUGCUAUUUUUCCAUGACAAAAGUGUAAAAUCUAUUGACACACACUGCUCAUUCAUGCCGCUCCGGUUCGAGAUCGGAUAUCUCGUGAGUAAGAGUUAAACUUCGUUCAGAACAUCGCAAUUAGUGGAAUAAAUUAGUGA